UUUGCUAACGAUCCUAGCAUCAAUCAUAGCACCCGGCUGCGUGAAACGUAUUUACCAAAUGUUAUGUUUAUGCAUCAUUUGGUCGGAUCGGGUCGGUUCGUAGAGUACUAAGGGCAAAAAGUGCUGUGUUUCUACGAUGAAGUCUUUGUUGGAGCCUGAUGGUGAUAGCCGAACUGCUGAUAGUUGGUUUUGGUGGAUUUUAUCCACAGUUUGUUUACCGUUUACCUUCCCUUAUGUUGUUUUGAAAAUAAUCGGAAUCUUAAAAGAGAAACGAUACAGAGAAUGUUUGCCUGGCAAAGUAGUUGUUAUAACUGGUGCAAGUUCAGGACUUGGAGAAUCCUUGGCUCAUACGUUUUUUCUUGCUGGAUGUAAGGUCGUGCUGGCUGCUAGGCGUAAGGAGGAAUUGGAACGAGUUCGAAAAGAACUUCUCGCACUUCAUACGACCGUUACAACACAUUCGCCUGUGAUAAUUCCUCUGGAUCUUUCUGAUAUUACAUCGUUACCUGGAAAAAUAAAAGAAAUUUUGGAAAUAUACGGACAAAUUGAUAUUUUGAUAAAUAACGGGGGCAUCAGUGUCAGAUCGGACUGUAUUUCCACUUCGUUGGAUGUUGACAUCAGAGUGAUGUUGGUAAAUUACUUUGGUACAGUUGCGCUGACAAAAGCGUGCCUCCCGUCCAUGAUUAAAAGACAAGAAGGCAGAAUCGUCUGUGUUUCUAGCAUUCAGGGUAAAAUCAGUUUGCCGCAUCGAUCAGCAUAUGGUGCUUCCAAGCACGCUCUUCAAGCCUUCUGUGAUUGUUUGCGUGCGGAAAUGGCUGAGAACAACAUAAAAGUAACUUUGGUGUCACCGGGAUAUAUAAAAACAGCUCUAUCUCUAAACGCACUGACUGGAGCUGGAAAGCAAUACGGAGAAAUGGAUGAUACUACCUCCUCCGGUAUGCCACCCGAAAAAGUAUCGGAACGUAUCCUGCAAGCUAUUUUACGAGACAGUAUGGAUGUAACAAUUUCGGACAUGGCUCCAAAGUUAGCUUAUUGGAUUCGUCAUUUAUGUCCUUCUUUAUAUUUCUGGAUAAUGGCGAGGCGAGCUAAAAAGAUUGAUAAAAACAAGCAGAAAAAGUUAGAAUAAUUAUGAAAAAUGUCGCUCAACGAAAUAGUUUUUUGAAUAGAUUACAGUAUAUAAUUCAUCUGUAUAACUAAUUUUUCAUCUAAUGUUUAGAUGGUUCACAUUGCAAUACAAAGUUCUUAUAUAAUAUUCAAUAAAAAUGCUCGUGAUUCAAUUCACAAUAAAAUUUGUGAAUUUUUUUUCCAUA